GUUUUCGAAUAAAUUGUAUAUGGCCUAAUACUAAAACUCGGUCUCUGAGAAGAAGAUGACCAAAGUUGUGUUUUUUCUUAUUCCUCCUCUGCCCUGAAAAAAAAAAGAAAAGAAAAGGAAGAGUAUUUUUCACCUGAGACAACAAUUUCUAGGGUUUCUGUUUCUGGGUCUCCGAAGCUUCGAGAAGAAAGAAGAGGAGACGCAAAGUGUAAAAGUGGGUUUGAGAGUUGGUGUUAAAUUUGUCAGAUUUCGGACCUUGUUACUAUGAGAAUCGAGAUUUACCCUGCUCCAGACAGCAACACAAGACCGGUUUUUCGGAAAUGAGUGGACUUUAGCGCCGUUGGAGAAAGAUUUUGUCUUGUGUGUAUCUUUGUAUUACUCCUAGAUGUUUAGCGCUGGUAACAUUUUGAGGAAGAAGCAUCGGCGUAUGAGAACAGAUGAAGGCGAUGAUGAUCAGGACAACACGGAACAUGUGAGAAAUAAGAAAUGGAAGAACAGUUUUGAAACAGAAGUUGAUUCUUCUUCAUCAGACCACUCUUGUUUUGUUGCCCUUGUCACAGCUUCGAAUCUACACAAUGAUACUCUGUAUCUUCCACAAGAUUUAACAAGCUCAGUUGGUCGUCAAAGAAAUUGCAGUGAGAUUGUUGUAACAGAUGAAAAGGAAAGAUCAUGGCCAUUGGAUCUGAGGUUCAACAAAUCAUCUGAAACUUUCUACAUAACCCGAGGUUGGAGAAGUUUCUGUGAUGAAAACGGUAAAAAAGCAGGAGGCGUCUUUGUUUUCAAACUAGUUGGAAACUGGGAAACUCCAGUUCUCAGUUUCUGUUCCACUGAAUCUAUCAACGAUGGAACCCAAGGAGACAAGAACAACAAAGAAAACUGUAUGCAGCUGGAGAGAAAGCAGAAGCGUAUGAGAUGUAGAGUUUCAACUUUACCAAGCCAAAACCGGUUUGUGACAUUAACACUUACACAUAACAGCCUCAAAAAAUGUAGACAGUAUCUUCCAUCGUCAUUCUUAAGAAAAAAUGGCUUGGACAAACCUGGGAUGAUAACUCUAUUGGGCAAAGCUGGUAUGAAGUGGCUGGCAAGUCUUAAACGGGAAGCUAAUGGAAGUAUGGUUUUGGGAAAGGGCUGGAACGAUUUCGUUAAAGCAAACGGCUUAACGAGCGGCAAAUCUUUCACACUUGAGGUGAUAUCGGAGAAGGGAACUCCUAUGCUCAGUUUGUUCAGUACACAGUCCACAAGUGAAAGAAGCCAGCAAAGAGCAAGCAUGAACCGAUUUGUGACUUUAACACUUACACAUACCAACCUCAUAAAAAGUAGACAGUAUCUUCCAUUGUCAUUCACAAAAGCAAAUGGCUUGGACAAACCUGGUCUUAUAACUCUGGUUGGCGAAGAUGGUGCAAAGUGGGAGGCAAAUCUUUUAAGGGGAAAAACAGGAAUAAUGUGUCUCGGAAAGGGCUGGAAACAUUUCAGUAGAGCAAACAGCAUAAAGUGUGGCGAGUCUUUCACAUUAAAGGCAAUUUUGGAGAACGGAACUCCUAUGCUAAGUUUGUGCAGUACACAGUCCACAAGUGAUAGAAGCCAGCAAGGAGAAUGUUCAAAAGGCAGCGAGAAAGAGUCCAUUUUAGCAGGACAUAGCAGUGGAAAAGAGACCAGGAAAGCAAAAGACAAAAUAGAAGGUAGGAGAGACUCAUUACCAGCAAGCAUGAACCGAUUCGUGACUUUAACACUUAGACAUGACAACCUCAUAACAGGUCGACGGUAUCUUCCAUUUUCAUUCACAAGAGAGAAUGGCUUGGACAAACCUGGGAAGAUAAAUUUGAUUGGCAAAGAUGGUACAAAGUGGGAGGCCAAUAUUGGACGGGGAAAAACAGGAGUGAUGUGUAUCGGAAAAGGCUGGAAAAAUUUUGCUAUAGCAAACGGCUUAAAAAGCGGCGAAUCAUUCACGUUGGAGGUAAUUUUGGAGAAUGGAACUCCUAUGCUCAGUUUGUUCAGUACAGAGGCCACAAGUGGUAGAAGCCAGCAAGGAGAGCGUUGCAAAGAUAGCGAGAAAGGGUCGAUUUCUGCUGAACCUACCAGAGGAAACAAAGCCACUAGCAACAGAGAGGAGAGGACAGACUCGUCUUCGGCAAUCCGAAAUCGAUUUGUGACAUUAACACUCACACCAGAAGAUGUCAGAGACUGUAAGCUAAUUAUUCCAAGUCAGUUCAUGAAGGCUAAUGGCAUCAACAAGCUCGGGAGGAUAACUAUCUUGGGUCAACACAGAAUGAAGUGCUUUGCAUAUCUACUCUCAAAAGAUGGAUUUGUGGCUCUGGGAUCUGGUUGGAAGGGCUUUUGUGAGGCUAAUGGCGUUAAGAUAGGAGAUUCAUUCACUUUGGAAUGUAUUUGUGAACAAGACACAACUCAUGUGUUUAAGUUCAGUUCCAACUCCGUAGAAAUCACUCGGCGGAGAAAGGAACGAGAACGAAAUAGAGUUGGUCUUCGGAGCGGAAAGACCAGAGGCUGAUAUGAUCUUCACUCUCUAGACUAAAAUCUUUAACC